CAUGUCCGCAUCUGGGAGCUGUAUCCGUAAACAAUAAUUAUGAGACACAGCUCUUGGAUUAGCUGCUGUUCACACUUGAGCAAGAUGUCAGCGGCAGCGGUUGGCAUCCUGAAGCGCUUAAAGGUGCGACGGCAAAAGCAACGCACUGUCCUGGCCAUGACAUGGCGUUGUGCCAAAGGCGGCAAAGAAUUCAAGGAGCUGGAUACCUUCUAUCGUGCAAUCAGGCCAUAUCUCUGUGUUGCACAAGUGUUUGGCAUCAUGCCCCUUUCGAAUGUUCUCAGCCGGGAUCCACAAGAUGUAAAGUUCCGCAUUCGAAGCAUUGGAAUGUGCUUCACCGGAUUGUUCUUGCUGCUGGGAGGCAUCAAAACACUAAUGGAGGCAAACAUUCUAUUUAAAACGGGUCUAAAUGCCAAGAAUAUGAUGAAUUUGGUUUUCCUCAUUGUGGGCAUCGUAAACUGGUUGAACUUUAUUAGCUUCGCUCGCUCCUGGUCCAAGCUCAUUCUGCCCUGGAGUUCAUUGGACAUUAUGAUGCAGUUUCCUCCCUAUGCUCCGUGCAAGCACAGUCUUCGAUCUAAGCUACGCCUCAUUGGCUGUGUAGUGGGUGCUAUGGCAGUGGCGGAUCACGUGCUAUACUAUGCCUCUGGUUACUACAGCUACAUGCAUAUUUUUCACUGUCAAACGAAUCAAUCGCGUGUGUCGAUUGGCUCCUAUGUGGAGAAGGAAUUCUCGGACAUAUUUGAGCUGCUGCCCCACAAUAUGUUCUCUUUGUUCUAUGGCUUUUGGCUAAAUGUAGCCUUUACUUUUCUGUGGAACUUUAUGGACAUCUUUAUAGUGCUCACGAGCAUUGGUCUGGCGCAGCGAUUUCAGCAGUUUGCAGAUCGUAUUUUGGCAUUGACAGAUAGACAAGUGCCGGAUGCCCUGUGGUACGAUAUACGCCGAGAUCACAUACGUCUUUGUGAGCUGGCCACUCUCGUGGAUGCCAGCAUGUCCAGCAUUGUGUUUGUGUCCUGUGCAAACAAUGUCUACGUCAUUUGCAAUCAAGCACUGGCCAUCUUCACUAAACUCCGCCACCCAAUUAAUUAUGUGUACUUCUGGUACUCGCUGCUCUUCCUGCUGGCACGCACUAGCCUUGUCUUUAUGUCCGCCUCCAAGAUACACGAUGCCUCGCUGCUGCCACUUCGCACGCUUUAUCUAGUGCCCAGCACUCAUUGGACACAGGAGGUGCAGCGGUUUGUCAGUCAAUUAACCGCAGAGUUCGUUGGACUCUCGGGCUAUCGCUUGUUUUACCUCACACGCAAGAGCCUCUUUGGGAUGAUGGCCACACUCGUAACCUACGAGCUAAUGCUACUCCAAAUUGAUGCCAAGAACCAACCAGAUUUGUGUGCCUGA